GACCCUGCCGAGUCAGGUCCCCAGGAGCGCAUGGCCCGGGGGAGCAACACCUUUCACCAGUGCAGCUCCCUCCUGCCGGCAGAGGCUUGUCACUUCCCCCAGGCCCAGGGACAGUCAGGAGCUCCGUGGUGUCCUCCACUCACCCACGCUCAAGGCCGCAACCCCUAAGCCGAGACGGCGCUGUCCGGCCAGGGCAGGACCCUCUCCUUCCGGCCUCUGGGCUGCUGCAGCAGCUGUCCGGGUUGGCAGUGCUUGUUCAGAGAGGCCACCAGCAGGUCGGGGGCUGCUGGUAUCUCGGUGGCCGCCACCUGAACCAGACGCUGCAGCCCCCUCAGGCUCCUGGACUUGUCUGGUCCACCCCUCUGCAGAGCUGCCCUCCCUGAUGUCCCGUGGGGUAACCUCACUCCUCACCUGCUGACCACAGAGGUCACAGCGCCACUCUCGCCCUCUCCCUGCUGCCCCGGCCCUCACACAGCUGUGCGCCCCUCCCUGCAGCUGCCAGGCACAUGGGCGCCACCGGGGUAAAGGUGUGCCGCCCCUGUGGCCGCCCUGUGCUGGCCUCAGGCCAAGGUGCAGGGACGCAGGCUGCCGAACUGUCACUGCCGGCCACGGGACCUUGUGAGCAAGUGUCCCAGCAGGAGGCUGUUAGGGUGGCCGGGGGAGCAGUGGCCAUUCUGUGGCUUUGGCCGUGUGGGUCAUCAAACAGCUCUGUGGUGAUGCUGGCUUGGAGGGCGCAGCGGGUUGAGUGCACACCAGUCCAGGGACAGGACCACACUCAGGGACAGGCACCAGGCAGGCUGGGCCCUGAGUCUGCUCACCUUUGCCCUCCGGGGCGGGCAUCCGCCCCACCUACCACCCAGGCCAGAGGGCAAGGGUCACAGACUCGCCAGUCCCCCCAGAGGUCCAGCCCCUUGUGCUGUGGAGCGGCCCUGGUCACCAUCACCAGUGCCAGCCUCUUUGGUCUGGGGACCCUCGGGGUCUCCUUGUGACCUGACCCUUGCUCAUCCCAUGGGCUGGUGCCGGGGACAUGGAGCCACGGGGUAAAGGCCUCCCGCUGGGUCUCAUGUUCGAGGUCAGGGCAGCACUGGGCCUGUGGACACAGGAGGAGACAUCCACACCAUGUCGGUCACCUGCCACCCACAGGCCCUGCCGUCCUGCCUCAGCCGCCUCCUCUCUGUGUCUGCAGCGAGGCAGAACACACACCUCACCCACACGCUCAGCCCUCACACACACAGCUGCACCGUGACCUCCGUUCCCACUGGACUCAGGCCCAGAGGAACACCUGCCACUUUCCGUUUCUUAUCUUUAAGUUUCUAUGAGCCCAUGUUUGCAGCACAGGACGGCUUUCCUCGUGGGGGGCCGGUGCGUGGCCGCAUCUCAGUUCUCCUUGCACCCCCUUCCCUUCCCUGCCCGCGUCUCUUGUCCCCAUCCCCUUCUUCUUUACGUCACUGUGCCCUCUUGUGCCAGCUGAGGAGGGAGGCCCGGUGUCUGCCCGACCCGAGGUCACUGGCCCCGCAGGUCCAGGAGGAGGCGGGGGAGGACAGGCCAGUGUCCCACACCCGAGCACGGCAGGUGGGAGGAAGGCAAAGCUGGUCCUGGGCCCCGGCGCCCUUGCUUGCCGUGCCUCUGUGGGUGUCCUGUUCGGGAGCCCCAGCCCGGGACAGUGCCCUGAGAGCUGUGGCCCCUGACCGCGCUCUGUCUUGCAGCUUCCUGGAGAGGAUCGACAGCGUGAGCCUGGUGGACUACACACCCACCGACCAGGACCUGCUGCGAUGCAGGGUGCUGACCUCGGGCAUCUUCGAGACACGGUUCCAGGUGGACAAAGUGAACUUCCACAUGUUCGAUGUGGGCGGCCAGCGCGACGAGCGGAGGAAGUGGAUCCAGUGCUUUAACGAUGUCACCGCCAUCAUCUACGUCGCGGCCUGCAGCAGCUACAACAUGGUCAUCCGGGAGGAUAAUAACACCAACCGCCUGCGAGAGUCCCUGGACCUCUUCGAGAGCAUCUGGAACAACAGGUGGUUGCGCACCAUCUCCAUCAUCUUGUUCCUGAACAAGCAGGACAUGCUGGCAGAGAAGGUCCUGGCAGGGAAGUCAAAGAUCGAAGACUAUUUCCCCGAGUACGCAAACUACACCGUUCCCGAAGACGCAACACCAGAUGCAGGAGAAGACCCCAAGGUUACAAGAGCCAAAUUCUUUAUCCGGGACCUGUUUUUGAGGAUCAGCACGGCCACCGGCGAUGGCAAGCACUACUGCUACCCCCACUUCACCUGCGCCGUGGACACGGAGAACAUCCGCCGCGUCUUCAACGACUGCCGCGACAUCAUCCAGCGCAUGCACCUCAAGCAGUACGAGCUCUUGUGAGGGCAGCGCCGCCCGCCCGCCUGCCCCAGUCCCAGAGGCGGGCGUCCCCGGGACUUCGAUGUGUGCCCCAAGCAGUGGUAGUACUAGUGUCUAGUGUCUCCUGGCUGCCUGCCCUCUGUCCUGUCCUGGGUGCGCCUGGGCGUGACCACCAAGCCUCUGGCUACCUCUGUCCCCCAGGUUGGGUUCUGUAGCAUUGUUUCCACUAAACACAGCCGUCCCCACCCACCCCGCCCGUCACUGCAGACCACCGGCCCUGGGGGCGCCGCGGUGAGCUCUCUCCCAUGGGGACCCUGGGACUCACUGAUUGGUGACUGACAGCCGGACUCAUCACGGAGACUCAGUAGAUGGGGAGCACAGCGGCCCUCUUGGUUUCCCCAUGACAAAGCCACAGGCUGACAGGCGGCCGCCCUCCCAUCACCCUGGCCAGGGCUUAGGGCAGCCCGAGUGGCAGAGCAGAGUCCCCUUCUCCUGGGCUGGGCAGAAGGCUGCCACACUCACUUCCAGAAAGCACCUCCCAUGUAAAAGAAGCCAUCCUUUCCCACACCUGGAUGCGGUCUCCUCCCAUAUUCGCGUCACUGUUGUUUUAGCACCAGUUUACUGCACUGUACAUACGGAUCACAAAUGUAAUCUGCUUUUGUAUCACUACUCAACAAAACUCCUUGUUGGUUUUCGUGCCUCGAUGGUAGCUGUACCUGUGAGAGAACCGUGUCCUGCCUGUGCUGAACAGCUCCGUGUCAACGUGCUCUGCUGCUUGCUCCAGAAAGAGGAAAAAUAGCAUUGGUGGGAUAUGGGACACUUUUAUCGGUCUGGUACGUUAUAAAAUACUCCCUCGUUUUUUAAAAAAGUACACAUAGCCAGGCGUGGUGGCACCCCGCCUGUAAUCCCAACACUUGGGAGGCUGAGGCAGGAGGAUCGCUGAGUUCAAGGGCAGCCUCGACUAUAUAACUGUGGGACCCUGACUCAUAAAAAAAGGACCCAUAAAUGACACCUGUUAACCAUCACACCUGCCGCAGCCCUGCUCCGUGUCCUCUAGGCCUUUCUCUGAAAGCCCAAGCUCAGAUCCAAGCCACAGACUGCACCCCUCUGCUCCAGGGAGCGGGACAUUUUCCCCAGCACUUCCCUGGGUCACGGCUGGACGCAGACUCCGUCAGUUCCCAGGUGGGCACAGGCGAGCAGGCUGUCUGGAGCCGCAGGCAGACUCGGGUGUAGGAGUGGUCAUCGAGAAAGGCCAGGGCUGCCGCCCUUGGCGAUGGCCGGAGAGGAAGAGCACAUCUCCACUCGUCUUUCCAAGCAGAGACCUUCCAAAGCCCUUCUGCGUCAUGUUGAAGGUGCUGGGUGGAGCCCACGGCCUCGUGCACACCAGGCAAACGCUCGACCGAGCUGUGUCCCCAGACCCACAAAACCCUCACCGAAACAGACAGCACACGGCUGUUCCUCCCUCCUGAGACUGGCAAAUGCAGCCUCAAGAAUCACAGAGACUGAGGUCGGCUGCCACCGUGGGCCCCGGCGGACAGGCAGCUGCUUGGCUGAGGUCAUCUGUGAGGACGACCCACCACCCCGCAGCGUCAGUGCUUCACCUACACGAAGCCAGAGGCGACGGCCGGCACGGCCUCACCGGCUCUCCCGCUGCCCUCCCUCCUUCACAGCCGGCUCUGUAAGCCAGCGCUUCCCAGUCCUCGGAGCUCACCCACACUGCAGUGUCACUUCUCGGACGGCCCUGCCGACCCGCCGGGCCCUGCCACUGCCUGCCCACCGCCGCACUGGGCUCCUUGGUUGCCUGGGGCAGGAACAGUAGGGACGCCCACUUCUCCCGGCUCUUUCAAAGCAGAACAGAAGAAAACUGAAGAAAUGCACCUCCCCGCAAAAAGCAGCGUUUAAAGAUGUGUGCACUUCCUCGCGUGUGGCGCCAGUUCCCUCUCACUCGAGGACCGUCACAGGGCGGCUCCGCGGCAGAGCUUUCUCAGCACGCCC